AUGAGUUCAAAUUCGUCUCCACUGCAAGAUGACAAUCUUCGGAGAAGAGGCAUCAUAAAGAUGCCAGGUGGAAAUUUACGCUUGCCACCAAUUCGAAUUGAGUAUGCCGAUGGAAGCUCCCAGAAUCUUCUGUUGGAUGUUGGGGGAAGGCGUCCAGAAACCACGGUCAACUCGGCAUCGUUUCUUACAGAUUUACUGUUAAAUCGAAGAUCCAAUGUACUUUCGCCAGUCACAUCUACUGGUCUUGGAGCUGCUCGUUUGAGACCAUUAUCUGGAAAUGGGAGAAGCCAUCUCUCACAUUCGCUCACUUCAAGUAUGUUGUCACCUACUACAUCCCAGAAUCGUGAUAUUUUCAAUUCGCCUACGGCAUUAGUGCGUACAGGAUCACAGUCAGGAGGUUCGAGUGAUUCUCAAUCGGUGGGAGCUGAUGGGAGUCAUGAAAUUAAUCAUAACGCUUCCCGUGUUGGAUUUAAUCAUGAAGCUACCACUGCUCGAUUUAACAAUGAGGCUUCCACUUCUGGAUUUAAUCAUGAUGCUUCAAAUAGUCACGGACUUAAUAAUGAGACAGCAACGACCAGUCGAUUUGAUAGUGAAGCUUCAUCUAAUCACGAAUCUAUUCAUGAAGCCACCACCAGUUCUGGGGAAGGACCAGCUGCUGGAUCGACGCAGAACAGUUCAGUAAAUGCAGCAUCUGCGUCCGACCAGGCUGCAAACGGCAUAAAUCAGACAUCCGCAUCCGAUGCUCAUACAGAAACAUCGCGAAAUAUAAUACUCACGGUAAACUACAUUUAUGGACAGACACCUGUGAACAACCAACGGGGAGGGAAUGCACGGGCUGCCGGAAACGAACCAAAUAAUGACUCGCAGAAUGGAAUUACGGGUUCGCUCAUAUUGCAUGUUCCAAGCAUAAACGAGUCGAAUGACGAUAAUCUGCAGGUCCUAGUCCGACUAGCCACGAUCAUCGCACUCCGAACGAUAUCGACGUCGAUCAAGAAGGCGUCCGGAGUUCCCGACAAGGUGUUUGAGUCUUUUAAAGUGUGCAAGCUGGAAGAGUUGGCCGAGGAGGACAGAAAGUGCCCCAUUUGUUAUGAUGCGUACAUAGAACCGGCAGAGGCCGAAAAGGAUGACAGCGUAAAGGAGAAAGACGCCGAAGAUAGCAUUAAUUCAAAUGGCAAGAGGUUAAGGAAGGACGUCAAGGAAUCGCAGAAGAAAAGAAGAAAGAACAACGCGGACGGCCAGAGUAGCAGCUACACGUCAUUUUUAGACAAUAAGGAGAGCUCAAAAGAGAGCUCGCCAGCCGAAGAGGACAAGUACGUGCAUGUGCCCGUGAAAAUGCCCUGUGGACAUGUUUUUGGACGCACAUGUCUUCACGAGUGGCUGAAAACAAACAACAGCUGUCCUCUGUGCAGAGACAAGAUAAAGCACACGAGAGGCAGUGAGUCCGGAUACGCAACUACAGUUGUGCUCCCGAAUCUCGCCCAGGUGAUAAGCGAGGGUCGCGAAGUUAUUGAAGACUUCAACUCUCGCAGUCUCAUCUUUUCAAUGCCGGAUCAGGAGGGGAACGAGUCGGCCAACGGCGAGCAACGGUCGCAGGAGGUGGCGUUUCCGGCAGCUGUGCCGAUCAGAUUUCCAACGAUCGUCACGUUGAAUCCGCUGGCUGCAAAUGCCGGGCAAGGCGGUGCUGGUGCCAACGGUGCAAUUAAUACAAACGGAACCGGUGCAGGCAGACGCAACGGCAGUCCUGGCGUGAUGCGACUGGUCAGAGAGCUCAUACAGAGUCUUCAUAACCGGCUUCACCAGCCAGUGAGGCUCCGUGAUGACCAGGGUGCCACGCAGGACUUGCAGCAAGGCGUUUUGCAGCGUUUGCCGAUUAUCCGGCCUGUGGUAGGCAACCCUGCCGGUGCGGGUGGCAGUGUAAAUGGCACCGUGCCGCAUAUUCGCAUGCAUUUGUCCCCAAGGAGUGCAUCGUACUCUGCUGGCAGUGGGGCCGGUGCCAAUUCACCAACCACACUGUUUCCAGUUGGUGUUUCAAGCAGAAGAACGCCAAAUGGUGUCGUCACCACUUCGAUUGGAGGACUGGACACUCGUGCAACAAACGAGAGGACUAGAGAUGCGACGGAGGCUGUGUCAUCAUCAUCAGCAGCUUUAGAAUCGACGCAUACCACCGAUGAAACCAGUCAGACUGGCUCCAGUAGUGGGGGUCGGUCCCAUAAUGGGUCUGAGGCAGACCAGCACGAGCUAAAUUCGGAUUCUGGACAUGGUGCGGACCACUAA